AUGGACAUAAAGACAGUACUGUUAUUUUCAGGCCUCCUCAGUCUGGCGCUUUGCGCUGACCACAACCACAAUCCAAGUGGUGGUAUGUUAAUACCAGACAUUGUAGAUCGUCUGUGGAUUAACUCCGACGUCAAUGACGAUGAUCACCUCAGUGAGACGGAGUUCUUUAGGGAGUUCAUCGAUAACUUCGACCAUGACGGUGGUCAGUCGGUGAGUGAGACCGAGUUUGUACACCAGUGGACCCACAAUUACCACGAGCAUAAAGACGUCACGCUACACGUGUUUCAACACUUCGAUUUGGAUGGAGAUGGCACCCUGACCCAGAGUGAUCUCAGCAGACUUUUUCACCACAUGGACUACAACACUGACACGCAGAUCAGCAAAGCUGAAUUCACCACCUUGAUGGCUUACGUGUUUGGACGUCUCCCCUACAACUGA